UUCCCCUUAUUCUAGGAGGGAGAGCAGCUCAAACAGAAGGAGCAAUAGUAAUACAUUAUACAAUAUCAUUAUUUAUGUACAAUUUUAAAUUGGGUCAAGUUUCCCAUAAGAGUACUAUAAAUCCUAUUAUCGUUCACUUAUAAAUCAGAAGGGCGACUUGUACAGUGCCCUCUCAGCCGCACGCUACUCUACUUAUAACAUCCGAUUGUCGGAUAUUCGACGCUAUAUAGAUGGGGUCGGUUAUUCAGUCCACAGAUAUCGAGAACAAGCUGGUGGACUUGUCCGGGGUAGUUUCGAAGCCAGGAGAGAAUCCUUACAAUGCCCUAAUAGAAGCCUGCGAUGAUGAGCCAGCGAAAAUCCAGAAGCUAUAUGCCAUCCACCGCGUCAAGCGUAACACGCAGCAGAGAGCCAAGUUUCUCGCCUCUGACUACACGGGGCUGAUCAUAGAUCAGCAUCUGCUGCGAUUGGAAAAUCCCCAGAUAGAGCCUGGCUUUAAAGACACAAGAUACUGUAUGACCUUCUGGGGUCGUCCUCCAAUCCACGCACUAGAACUCGCAGAAGCAAUUCAGAAUAGGCUCAAAGCUGUUGCGCCAGCAAUCUGGCUCAUGCCCCUCCACCGCAUGCACAUCACCACGCUAGAAGUAGCUUUCUCCCGCACAGCCGCCGAGAUCGAAGCGCUCAAGGAGACGCUGAAACCCGCCACCCCGCACAUAGCGAGCUACACGCACCGCCACCGGUCACGGCUCGUCAAGCCCAUGAUAUCGUACGACCUGUCCGCAUUCGCGCUAUCGUUCCUCCCGGCUGCCAACGAGCCACCACUCUCGCCCGCCCCGACGGCGCCCGACAGCGUCGACGUGCUGCGGCAGGGCGAUUCGUAUACGUACCACCACCUGCGGCGGGACGUGUGGGAGCAGGUCAAGGAUGCCGGCGUGACGGUUAGCUCGCGGUAUGUUGUGCCGAGCGCGCAUAUCACGCUUGGUCGGUUUCUCACGGAGGCGGACCAUGCGACGCUCGAGCAGAGGCAGAAGUGGGUUGAUGCAAUUGACGAGAUCAAUGCGUGGUUGGAGGCGGAAGUGUGGGAUAAUGCCAGUUCGAAGCUGAUUGGAGAAUGGGUCGUCGGUCAAGAGAAGGGCUUGGAUGUGCGGGUCGGGACGCUGUGGUAUGGUGGCGGUCGGACUGUCCAGAUGGGUGAGGGGUUCUAGAUAUUCAAUUAGACUAGACAUUAGAUCACGAUAGAUCCCGUUCUUCAUGAAACUAGUCUCAAGAGAUCCGGCUAUAGACUUCCCUAAAUAUAAAAUUAAUCUAUAAACGAUUUAAGGACCAGAAAUUAUAUUGCUUACGUCCAGGGCAGGGACAGCAAAGGAUGUCAUUCA